GACAAGUGAACAGGAGACACACACUUCGGCUGCUUUCAUAAGUCCACCAAACUACUGUAGGAUACCUUUUAUCAAUGUAGAGUAGAACCUCGAUAAUUGCCACGGUCUGCAGAAGGACCUUUUGCUUGUUUGAUUUUGCAGACGAAGAGAAUUUAUUUAGUCUAUUACAAAGGUAGCCUAGAGAAGUCCAGGUAGGUCGGAGGGUGCCUUUUUGGAGCGAAGAGAGGGUGAUUCUCUAUGGUGAAGAUGAGUCUGGACCCUGUACAGGUGAUGAGCGGACAGGUCAAAGAGCUCAACGUUUCCCCUUCGUCCAACGGGGACAGCAGAGGAUCAUGGGAAGAGAAGAAAGAGUUUGAUCAGGACCACCUGGGCCUCACCACCAAGCCAAAACUAGUGACAGGGAGACGAGUCCGGAAGGUGGAGGGAGGCGUGUUCUUCCCAAAGCCAGAGAACGCUGUGACCGUUGCCGUUUCUUCUCGGGUCUUGUUUCGGACCGAGCGGGAGCAGAAGGUGUACGAGCAGCAAGGGGUGGAGGAGUACCUGAGAUACCAAAUCGAACACGAGAACGAACCCUUCGCCCCUGGACCCGCUUUCCCCUUUGUCAAGGCUCUGGAGGCGGUGAACACUCGUCUGCGGGAGCUGUACCCACAGAGCGAAGAACUGUUUGACAUCGUUUUGGUGACGUACAACCAUGCCCACGUAGGAAUCCGCCUCAUCAACACCAUCAAUCAUCACAACUUGUUCAUUGAGAGAUUCUGUAUGACGGGGGGAAGCAGUCCGAUUGGCUACCUGAAGGCCUGGCACACCAACCUGUACCUGUCUGCGGACGCUGACAAGGUCCGGGAGGCGCUGGCUGAAGGCAUCGCAGCAGCCACCAUGUUCAUGACGGAGAAGCUGACGGAGGUCUCAGAGUCCCAGCUGAGGGUGGCGUUUGACGGCGAUGCGGUUCUCUUCUCCGAUGAAUCUGAACGCAUCUUCAAGGCACACGGGCUGGAAAAGUUCUUCCAACAUGAGCGGGACAACGAGGACACCCUACUGGAUCAUGGACCUCUGAAGGGCUUCCUGGAAGCACUGGGGAAGCUCCAGAAAAAGUUUUACGCUAAAGGCCAUCGCCUGGACUGUCCCAUCCGAACGUUCUUGGUCACAGCGCGGAGUGCAGCCAGCUCUGGCAUCCGGGCACUGAAGACGCUCAGGGCUUGGGGCCUCGAGAUCGAUGAGGCCUUGUUCCUCGCAGGGGCACCGAAGGGCCCCAUGCUGGAGAAGAUCAGGCCUCACAUCUACUUUGAUGAUCAGAUGUUUCACGUGGAGGGAGCGGCUGAGAUGGGCACGGUUGCUGCCCAUGUGCCCUACGGCAUUGCACAGAAACAUAAUCCCAAACAGAACAGCCGUGUUGGGAAGUAGAAAGCGGGACUUGAAAUGCCAAUCCAGCCAGAAACAGAGCAAGCUAAGAAGUAUGGGAUGGAGAACCAUCCUUGAAAAGAGCAAAGGGAAGCUGAGAGGUUUCAGAGAGCUUGGAAAAGUGAACUUGUAUGAAACUGUUUAUGGAAAUGCAUCAUUUCCAUGGCAAUUGUAGUGUAAGUUUGUUCAAUCACAGUGUAAACUGUCUCAGCUUAAUGCCAUUGUGUUAUAAGUUAGAUCAGGUCUGGAUAGGGGUCAAGUAGAUCUUGCUUUAUGUGGGAAAUU